AAGCAAAAGAAAUGGUUGAUACAUAGCCAAGGUUGGUGGGAGGCAGCUGAGCAGAGUUUGAGUGCCUGAUUGGUCCAGAUCCUGCCCCUUGGCCCAAGCCCAGGCCCAGCCGCCCCAAUAAGCUCCACCUAAAAAUUCCGCACCGUUAACCGCUUUCGUCUUUUGUGGAACCCACACGUCUCAGACUAUUAAAUAAACCGAACAAAGAAAAUCCCAAAGUCAGUAGUCAGUCCGCGGGUGGAACAUUUUAUCCAAAUAAUAUUCUUCUUUGUUAUUAUGGUAAAAACAUUUUUUUUUUCCCUCGUUCAAUUACGGUCAAAACAAAUUCUUUCUUCAUUAAUUCGUCCUUAAUUAUAUAGCAAAAAAAAAAAAAAAAUUUGUCAUUAAUUAAAAUUCUCCAACUUAAUGGAAUUUUGAAUUUGUGGAAUUGCACUAACUGACUAUUGUUUUUAUCUGAAGCCUGUCUUUUCUGGGACCAUAAUAUGACCACUCAUAAAAUCUUUAUGGACGGACCAAGAAUCAAUAAUUAAUUAAUCAAGACAGCACAAAGAUUAGAUUAACUAAAUAUAUUUAUAAUUAAAGAUAAUGACAAAACAAAUUAAAUUAGUACGAAAUUAUUCUCAUAUUUAUUAUUAAUUUAUUGUUGUUCAUUUUUCUUUUCAUUUCAGUUGCAAUUUGGCAAAGUUGUUCUACGCACGCCAACCAAACCUAUCUCUCUCCCUACUUACACAAACUCUCACAAACCCUUUCUAUCUCCCAUCUCCACACCGCCCCGAAGCUGCUCUUCUUCUUCUUCUUCUUCUUCUCCCCCUCCAAUUUCCCGAUCGCCGGAGCAAUUCUCCUCCUUCGUUUCUCCGAUCAGGUACGAUCGAUUCCAUUCUUCCUCUUUAUCUCUCUCGACUCCUAUUCACAUAUCUCUCUGACUCGGAGCAGUUAUGGUGUCUGUCAUCGUCUCUGGGGGUGUAUUUGAUCACUUUCCUGCUCCUCCCUUCUUCUCUCUUUGUCUGUGUUUGACCCGUGCUUAUUUGAUCGCUCUGUUUGAUUUUCUCAGCUCCAUGAAUUUAUGCUUACUGUUGAUGUGAUUUUGAUUUCCCCCCUAUGGACUAUGGUCGCUUUUUCUCCGUGGUUAUGGUUUGUUUUUUUCGGGCGGUGAUGGAAGUGAUUGAUCGGCCAGCUCGUGAUUCGUCUUGGGGUUUAUUGAUCGAUAAUGAAUUCGGCUGUCCUUUUCUUCCCGUUUGAAUUCUGCGUUGAUAUUCCUCGUUUCUUUCAUUUGAGCAUAUUCUGGUUGCUGAUGUUAAUAUGGUUGUUAUUGUUUGGCAGCGGCAGGUUAGCCGGCAUGUGACUUGAGGCAGAAGAAGAGCUAGCUUGGACAUGGUUUUGGAUGGGAAACGGAGAUAAUUAGGCGUGGAGGACGACUACAAUUAACUAUAUUAUGGGAGGCUGCUGCUGCUGUUCCUCCAAGGGAGCUGAACUUAAUUCCACGCCCGCCUACUACUAUUAUCCUAGAGCAGCAGAAGAGCGUAUCCCAUUAUCAGCUCACCAUGUUGCUGCCUCUACUUUCUCUUCUGGGCUCCUGGUUGAUACCAACUUAGACACUUCCGUUCCAGAUGCUUAUAGGGCCCCUCCAACACCCAUGCCAUUUGAUGUUGUUAUAGGGCGCCCACAAACUCCACCGGAAGCUCAAGAAACUUGUAGUGAUAAUAGGAGUGAUGGAACUCUCCAAACUGCAAAUUCUGGUUCUGCUCAAGAAACACCCGGUGCUGGUACUCAAGAUGCAUCAGUGAAGCGUGAAGAUGCCAAGGAUUCAGAUAAAACAAAAGCAGGCUUAGAGAUUGAUCCAGUGGAGGAGUUAGAGGUAGAGAUCACCAAGCCAGUUGGGCCUUUUGUUCCACCUACAGAGGAGGAGGAUUGUUGUCCCACAUGUCUCGAAGAGUACGAUGAUGAAAACCCGAGAAUCAUCACCAAAUGUGAACAUCAUUUUCACCUGGCGUGCAUUUUCGAAUGGAUGGAAAGAAGUGACACAUGCCCCGUUUGUGACAAGGAGAUGAUCUUCGAUCCUCCUAUUGAUUAGCACAGCUGUACAGAAUACUUGGAUAAAAGGCUCCACAAGUUAGCUGUUUUCACCUGAGUUUGAGAAUACAAGUGUUGCAAAUGCAUAGAAGUCUGGUUUCUCUUCUGUUUGUGUCAUUGUCCUGUGAUUGUGGCAGAAUAUCGGGCUGUGGCUGUUUCUUUGGUUUCUCUUUUCUUUUGCUCUGUGAUCGUUCUUAGCUCUUGUUGUUUGAGCACUGUAUUCUCUUUCUCAGACAAUGAUGCAGUUUGAAUAGACGCUAGGAAGGUUUGAUUGGUUGAGGGGGAAAAGAAGGGAGAAAAAGAGGGAAACAGGAUAAGCUGAAGAGUCUGGUCGUUGCUUCAACGUGUGAAGACACGGACUCUGGUUCACAAUUUGGUUUAUAGAAUCAUCUCAUAAGGAUAGAAUGUUGAAUGUCUUCAUCUUUUGCAUCGGUUCGGGUACUUUGGUUGAUAGUCAGUCACAUUGCUUUUCCAAAUGAUUUCCUGCUAUGUUCUUUGUUCCCUCGGUUAUGUCCCGGUCUGUAGUGCAGACUGCAGAUCUUUCUUUGGCAUUCAGAUAAAACUAGUAGUCAGCAAUUGCCUCUUUAGAGAAACAAUAUCAGACAGACAAUUUGGGGCGUUCGGUUCUGUAGAAGGGUACAGAUUGUGCAAUUUGGAGGUAUAGUGUGUUCUUUUGUCUUCUCUUUUCAUUUCUCUGUAAAUGAUACGCAUCUGGUGUUCGGGAUUUUGGUAUACAGGAUUACAGGUAGCUCUCUGUCCGUCAUUAUAGUCUUGAUUCGUCUUUGGUUGAAAUUUAGCCUUGUUUUACAUUUGGUUACUGUGUAAAUUGAAUUCAUACGACCUCUAAAGACAUUAUUAUCAUUUUGUCCUGGUGUUAUCUGCUGACUAACUGGAAAUCUGCCGCAUUCCACAAUCAUCAGAGGCUUUCCUGUUCACUAGUGUUGUCUGCAGGUCUGUUUAUAUAUGUAUUUAUAGAUCAUCAAAGUGAUAUAACCAAUGUAGAAAGCAAGAGACAAUAUAUUGUUCUGGAAAAGCUAUUUCCUGAAUUUGUGGCCUCCAUACUAGAACGGAGGGUGGACGCCUCAAUUCUCCCUUUAAAUUGUACAUUAGAUUUGUUGGGCAAAAUAGUGUCCGAGACAACCUUGUAGCAAACGUGGUAAGCACGAAUAAAAGUUUGGUGAAAGUGGUAGCUGAGUAUUUGACAAAUACAUUCCAAACUUUAAGUGCAGCACGUAAACCCCUUUGAAGCAUAUCUGCUUCGGGAUUCGAUUUGGUUUCGGGUUUGCUUUUCAAAGGAUAAUGUGUUCUGAUUUUCUGGUACUUAGGGUUUGAAUUCCGUUAUCUGGAACUGGUUCGAAGCUUACACCCCCUAAUGUGAGCGGUUCUUCAAGUAAAUAUUGAGGUUUCAAAUGAAAUACAUUGUCGUUU